UUUCAGCCAACACAAAACUGAAAAAAUAAAUAUACGGAACGAAGGUGACUCGAGAGAGCUCACCGCCGUCUUUUUUGAAACGGCUCUCUCCGUUCCAUUGAAUUCGUCUCGAUGUUAAUAGCAUUUCUAGUCGGGUUUAUUUGCGGUGUUCUUCUUCUCCUUGGAAUUCUGUAUAUAUUUAUCGUCGACCCAUGGGCACCUCCAACUGACCAACCACAACCACCUAUCGAACAAUUCCGUCCGGCUCAGAUUCCAGAGGAACUUCGCACUUUUCUAAAAUCCGGAGAAGAUGGACAAGGAAUUUCAAAAUGGGAAUCUUGCAAUUCUAUCAGUCUUCUACUUCAUAUGCUAUUUCAAGAACACAAGGAUACACGUGCAUUAAGAAGAUGGGUUCACAAACGUCUUCAAAUGGAAAUGAAUGACAUUACAACUCGAUCGGCUGCCGGACGCCUCAUUCAAGAAAUUCGCAUUCGAGAAUUGUCGCUUGGCACCAAAUUCAUGACCAUCAACUCGAUUCGAGUAGAAAGUGUUGAAAUGGCUGAUGAUAAAAACACGUUUGAUAAAAUUGUGUUCAUUCUUGACAUUGACUACUCGGGCGGAUUUGAAACCUCAAUUGACGUCUCAACAAUAAUUGCCAAAAAAGCGAGCUUAUCCGUUAAAAUCACAAAGUUAACUGGAAUGGUGCGAGUGAUUUUGUCGCGACAACCAUAUCAUCACUGGACAUUCUCGUUUGUUAGCCAACCAAUUUUUGAAACCGAUAUUAACUCACAGAUUCAAGGGCAUCAACUGAAAAGAUUGAUUCCAAUUAUCAAAGAAGCAAUUCGUAGAUCAUUACAAAGGAAACAUGUUUGGCCUAAUUAUAAGAUCAGAUACAGACCGUUCUUCCCGAAUCCAAUAUUCCAGGCUUCACCACCAAUAAAUAGCUUCACUCAUAUCAAAAUGGAAGGAGGAAUCGAAGUAACUGUACUUCAAUGUUCACGACUGAAAAAUGCUCUUCUUCUUGAUGACAAGAACAAAAAUUACGAAGUUUAUUGUACUGUUUCGAUAGAAUCUCGUCCAAUUGUUCAAAAUGAAGAGCAGGGACAUGUUGUCAAUGUGUUGCUCACUUUCUCACGUUAUGAUGUAUCCUCUCCAAUUGGAUUAGUUUUCGAUAAAAAUGUUGCGGCCACUGGUAACAAUACGAAUCGUGCUGUUAAAGUAUGCACUGUCGAGGAUAACAGUUUAGCGGAUAAGGCUGCUUUCAAACCAGGAGAUGUACUCGUUGCAAUCAAUAAUGUUCCAAUUCGAUCUGAACGACAAGCAACGAGAUUUUUACAAUCGACUACUGGUGAUUUGACGGUGCUUGUGGAGAGAAGUCUUGAUGAUAUCGAUGAGGAAGAAUCGAAAGAAGCAGCCGAAAUUGUCGUGAGUACUGUUCGAGAUAUCGAUGGAACUGGUAGCGUUAAUGAUACAGCUGAUUCUACGAGUUUGAUAAGCAAUAAUUCGGUGGCAAACGAUAGAGAUUCACUGAAGGAUGAUGAUAAAACUAUUGGAGGAAUACCGGCGAAAGAUGGAAAAAUUAAUGCCACCGCCCUUGCCGCAAGACGUCGUCACAGUGUGUCAAAUUUGGAAUCUUCUGUAAUCGACACGAACACCGAAUCUGUUGCCUCUUCUAUUUUCGGAUUAGACGCUCACAAAUUCGAUAAACCUCCAUCUGUCUCUGUUCAACGUGCUGAAAGUGCUCGAGUGCCUCAACUUCUGAUCAGCCAGCCAAGUUUCGAUUUACGAAGAACACAAUCGGAAAGUCAUCUCGAUGCAAAAGUCAUUGAUGCCGUUUUAUCGAGUUCUGCAGAUUUUGGAAUGGAAAAUUCUGUGGAAGACGAGAUCAAGAUGUUGUUGGUUGGAGAUUUGAAUAGAAGUGCAUCUGCUGGACAUAAUCUGGAUCCACAAUUACUUGGAGUUGUUAAAAGAGAGGAUAAAGAUAAAACAUUGACCCAGGCUGAUGCUUCAAAAGGAUUGGCGUUGAUUGCUUCACAAACCGGUUCGGUUGCCUCCCUUUCAUCAAUGAUCUCUAAUCGUACUGACACUGGAACAGAAGACGGAGGUGAUGAUGAAGAAGCACAUCUUGACAGAAAACGAUCUGCGAGCACACGAAAAGCCAAAAUACAGGCAACAUUUGCUGCUGGAAAGAAGAAAGUUCUCGAUUUGAUGCCUCAGAAACGAAAGAACACCGAUGCUUCAGAUCUCAAUGGGGAAAGCAUCGAAAUUGGAGCAGAUGCUGGUUCACUUUACGACACAGAUACGAACAGAGAUCCAUCGAUUGGAAGAUCUCCCAUGGCAGUCGUUGGGAAAAGGAAAGAAAGUCCAUCAGAUGAGAAAAAAGAGAAAAAGAGAUUGAAGAAGAAGUUGUCAGAAUCUCCGAAGAUCAGAAGAGCUGCUGGUUCAGCACAGAAGGAUCAGUCUCCAAUGACUACAAUCAAAGCUAGAACCACAAAGAGUGUUCAAUUUCAGAAGGACGUAAUGUGGGGCCAAUCACUUCACUUUGAAUUUGAUUCGCCUCCAGAAUCCACCACACGAACUGUUAUUCGAUACCUCAACGUGACUGUUCACGCAAAAGAAGUGAAAUCAGCUGGAACGCCGACAACUUCUGCCACGAAUGUACCAAAUGCAACACCAUCAACUCCAGAUAGCAUUGCUUCUUCGUCAACAAAUACGGAUAACUCUGUUCCAACAAAUAUAUCUGCAGAUUCAAAACCAAUUCUUCUUGGAAGUGUCUCGCUUUUCGUUCCUCAAUUAAUUGAUGAUUGUCGUCUAACACUUUCAAAUUGUCAUCGAGAAGUUUAUCAGUUGAAGCAACCAAACACGUCAUCUCCACCACAAACAUCACCUGAUGAUCCGAUGCUUGCCGAGUUUGCCCGCCAUGCUGGAUACGAUCCUCGUCUUUGCUUCGGUGACAUAACUCUUGGUUUUCGUUAUUUCCCUAAUGGAUUCCCUGUUGACAAAGCAAUCAAUUCUGGCGAUGAAAGUGAAGAUGAGCUGAAUAGGAUACAUAAUUCAAAAGAUGUAGCAUCGCCGACGAGGCCUUUCUCACCACCAGCUUUAUCCCCUGCAAGUCAUGACUGGAAGCUCUGGUAUGGAAAGAAUUCUACGACCUGCGCAAUGUGUCGAGGUAAAAUUUGGCUCCGCAACGCUUCUUCGUGCUCACGGUGUCUUGUCAUUUGCCAUAACAAAUGCGUCGUCAAGGCCAAUAGCGGAGGAAUCGCAUGUACACCCCAACAACAUCUCACACCGCCAUCAAAUCUUCAACUUCACUCUGACGAGCAUUUUGAAGAGAUAUCUGCUUCUGAACUAGAUCAUCCAUCUGUAACUCCAGGAGAUCAUCAAAUUGAUGAGACACGUUCAUUGAUAAUGCAAUCACCAUCUACUCCUUCAAGUUCUAUUGCUGGAUCGCUAGACACACCAGAAAUGUCAAAACGCGCCAGAUUCCGAAAAGUGACAGAAAAGUUUUCAAAUUGGAGAAAAGGAGGAAAAAAGAAGGAUGACGACGAUUUCAUCGGAAGAAGAGAAACUAUUGACACUGAUUCAUGUGCUGAUACUGGUUCCUUACAAUCUCAAGACAUUUCCAAUAGAGAUAGCCCAAUGGCAAGUAUUCAAGAUGUUCUCUCCGAUGUUCUUCCAGGUCUAGAUGGAUCUCCAUUCAUAAGUGGAUUAUAUUUUCAGCCUGGAAAUGCAUAUAAUGAGCAGACGAUUCGAAAUGCAAAAAUGCUUGGACGUGAGAUCUUCUGUGAUCUUCCAUCUGAGCAACGAGUCGAGAGAAUCAACUCACAAAUCGAUAGAAUUCAGACAGCGAUAAGAGAAACGAAAGAUAAUCGAUUGAGUGUGAUGCAAAAUGGCGGAGACAUUUCAGAAUCGUCAGCCAAGUUUCAAGGUCUGGACGAACGUCUUCAAGCUCUCGCUGUUGUCAUGCUUCACUAUUGUUCUGCUCUUCAAGAUUGCCAAUCAGGAAGAUCCACACCAGCUCCACCACCAGAUGAUGAUAAUCAGAAGAGAGAGUCUCCAGAUUACCGAAGAAAUAUCAUCCGUCAACGUCGACUCAAACAAUGAAGAAGACUCCGAAAGUGUUCUAGAUGAGGAUACAGUAACCGGUGACGUUCCGGUGCAACACGAUCAUCCACUUGAGCGACCAACAAAGCUGGAUCCGAGUUCGGAUGCAGUUGAAGCCCAUUCCUAAAUGUUUUCUUAUUGUUUUCUCCUGAUUUUUGUAAUUUUUGUGCCAACUCAAACUUUGCACCAUAUCACAUUCUCUUCUAUUCUUUAUCACUUUUCAUCAUCAUUUUCUAUCACUUUCUUUUCUCCAAAUCUGUGAUAUAUAAAAUCUCGAACCAGUCCCUCCAUCCCGAGCCAGUGCACCAAAAUUUGUCGAAAGUAUUUUGUCUUGCAACUGUGAUUUUUACUAUUCCUAAUCUUAUUCGUGUAUUCAUCAAAUUUAAAAUUCCAUACGCACCAAAUCAAGUUUUGAUGACUAUACAUACUUCAUCAUUCUCUGAAUCCCCAUCGAAAAACUGCAUAAUUUUUAUUUAUUGACUCGCGAAAAAUUGAAAAUGUCAUUCCCUAUUGCUUCCCACGAAUUGUCCCUAAAACACUGUACGUUUCACAUAAAUCUAAUUUAUCUUUUAAGUCCUUCU